CGAAGACAAAGUUCAACUAAGUAUUGAAAUUUGUAUAUCUAACCUUCGACGAAGUCAAAUGUAGAGUUACACGAUUGUUUCAUAGCUCGUUUUGUGUUGUGUAUUUCAUGGAGUCAGUUAAUUUUAAGCCGCUAUACGGAACAGAAACACGAACUAAAGCGGUAGAAUGCAUUUUAGAGCCACUGUUCACAAAAGUGAAGUGUUUUGCGAGGAGAGGUCACAUGAAAGGUUCUUACCGUCUUAAGUCAAAACCACAGGAGGAUAUUUUGUCUAGUGUCAAAGAGGUUAUUCAAUUGCUUAGUGACGAUUUCAGUGUUGUCGAGAGUGUUCCGUCAUUAUCGUCAGAUUUUUUAACCGCUAAAACAGAUGUUAUUGAUACUGGGCAGUAUUUUUAUUCUUCAGUUUCCAGUUUUUUGUCUGACCCUGCAAAUGAAUCCCAUCAGAGUGGUGUUUGUCGAUCUAUCAAUGCCCUUUUGGCUGCUUUGAGCAGACUACUUAUACUAGCUGAUAUAGCAGACUCAUUGGUUCUUAACCAGCAGUUCGAGGCCGUCCUCAGUGGUAUUACGGAAUUCCAGUCAGUCUCUUCACACGCGGAACUGAGUCGUUUAUGGAAUACCUUUUACCCUCAUGUAUUACAACUUAUCAGCUUGUCAAAGAAACGUGCAUCUGAUCUAAUUGAUCUUGAAGACCGUAGAAAAAUUGAGUCUGCCAACUACGUGCUUAAAAAUAAUACGCCUUUAUUACAUACAUCUUGUAAGGUGUGUUUACGCUAUCCUGAUAAUCUCAUUCCAAGAGAUUCAAGAACUUUUGUUUCGAAUUCUCUUUCGGAUGCAGUAGAGUUAAUUCAAUCAGUCUUUAAUGGAAUUUCCAAAUCCAAUGGUAUCCGGUUACGAACUUCUGGAAAACUUUUAGAAGCUUUAGAUGAGUUUGAAGUAAUACAUUAUGUGAAUAGUCUAUUUACUAAUCCGGAUCGAAAAUCUACUGUACACAUACAAGAGCAUAUUCAGUUUUCGUUAAAGGGACUAUUAUCAUCAGUUUAUAAGUUGGUGGAUUCAUCGAAAUUAAAUUCAAAACGACGUUCUGCUAUUGAUGAGUAUUGUACUCAGCUUAAAAAUAUUACAUCUGAAUUAAUAUCAGAAUAUUCUAAGAAAACAGUUGACGUUAGAGCAACAGAGAAAAUUGUACAGAAAUUAUUAAAAAUUAUCAAUUCAUUGAAACAGCUACUUAUUCGUUGUGCUAUUGAUUCAACAUCAAAUGCUUUUAUGGCUAAAGAAACUUGUUUAAUGGCAUUGAAUGAUGCAACAAAAUUUGGAUGUGAUCAACGCAUUGAUUCAGCUUGUCAAUUAUUUCAGAAACGUUCUGUAUCUAUGAUAUCAUCUGCUUAUCAGUUAUGUUCAUUGAGCACAGAUGAAGAAUGUUGCAGCAAAAUCCAAUUAGCUUGUCAACAAAUUGAACAACUUGUUCCACAGUUAAUUAAUAUAGCUUAUUUACUAUUUAAAUAUCCAUCUUCUAAGUCUGUUGAAUUAAAUUAUGAAGCAUUUCGUAAGGUAUAUGAAGAAUCGGUCAAUUUACUGUAUUCAUGUGUUAAUGAGUUAGUUGGUAUGCAUGAUUUCCUAGCUGUAUCCGAUGAUUUAAUGUUGUCGGAAUAUCAAAAAUCUAUUCGUGCCUUAUCGGAUAAAGAUGAAUUAAGCGUUCAACAAACAUCAACAUCAAUGCAACAACGUUCAGCUUAUAUUUGUGAAGUAAUAUUAAAUAAAAUGAUUGCACGAACUGAGAACAAUGAGUAUGUUGAUCAGGUGAUGGAAAAAGUUACAUUAAUACGGGAUCAAUAUACUCCAGAUUUUGUGAAUAUCGCACGUAAUACACUUAGUCGUUUAGCUGCUGGCCAGUCAGUCGAUGAAAAAGCCUAUCGCUAUUCAGGUCAUGCUUUAUGCAGUGGUGUACAUGAUCUACGAUUAACUGUUUUAAAUGAAUGUGAUCUAUCAUUUGAUAAUGAUAUUGAGUCAUUAAAUUUACAAGACAAUCACGGUAAUGUUGAUAAUCUUCAACCAUCGUCGUCUUCUCUACCUCAUCUGCCUUCACCUCCUCUCCCUCAUAAUAAUUAUUAUCAUCAUCAUCGUGAUCAACAUUCCAAUGACAAUGAACAAAUAGAAGUUUCAGUCAGUUCAAUGAAAGAUAAACAGAAAUCAAUAAGAGAAAUGGACAGAGUCAAUUCAAUGUUAGAAAAUAAUUCCACUUCUAAUUAUAACAACAAAUCUCUUUCAUUUAAACAAUCCACUGGAGAUAUUCAUGCAUCACAAGAAAACCAAUUAUCUGAAAGAAAUGAAGUUUUCUCUGUAUUGACAAGUCCACAACGUGAAACAAUGGCUGAAGAGUUAGCUGGAUUUCUAGCGGAAAAAAAACGUUUUAUGCGUGAAAUAGUUAAAUGGGAUGAUUCUGCUAAUGAUAUUAUUGUAUUAGCUAAGAAAAUGUGUGUAAUUAUGAUGGAAAUGACAGAUUUUAUACGUGGUAAAGGUCCAUUACAAUCUACAUUGGAUGUUAUCGAAGCAGCUCAAGAAAUAUCGGAACAUGGUAAACGUCUAAAUAGUCUAUGCCGACAUAUUGCAGAUAUGUGUCCAGAUUCAGCUAGUCGACGAGAUUUAUCCGCCUAUUUACAACGAGUUACAUUCUAUUGUCACCAACUAAGUAUUACUAGUCGAGUGAAAGCUGGUGUUCACAUGCUCAGUGAUGAAAUUUUUGAAAGUGCAACUUCCCUAAUACAAGCUGCUAAAAAUCUAAUGACAUCAGUUGUUUUAACAGUGAAAGAAAGUUAUAUAGCAUCAACUAAAUAUCGUAAUAGUUCUAAUCAACGUUGUAUAGUUCAAUGGCAAAUGCGUACACCAGAAAAAAAGUCAUUAGUAUCAGAUUAUUUAAAAAAUUCUUCAAUAUAUAAUCGUGAUUAUUUAUUUGACGAGUUGAAUUCACAUCAUCCAGAUGCAUUGAAUGAAUUAUCACAAUUUAAACAUCCACCUAAUUCUUAAUGAACAUGUUUAUUGUUGAAAAUAAUUUUAUACUACUUAUAACUAUGAAUACUACUAAUUAAAUUAUGAUCUCAAUUGAAAUGCUUUUAUAUUUUAAUGAAAAAAUUCAAUUAAUCACAAUUCAAUAACACUGAUCUGAUCAUCUAUUGUAUAUAUCUGUAUUGAAUUCAUAUUGUUUUUUUUUAUAAAUUUUCCUUUACCUUUUUAUACAUAAGUCAACAGUUUCCUUUUUUUUUCUCUCAUCUAAUAAUGUUAGAAAUCUACCUCUUUCUCUAUACUUAAUAUUAGUUUUAAAUACAUCAUUGUACUCUAUCGAAAUGCUCAAUUACACAUUUAUUCAUGUGUGUGUAUAUCAUACAUAUAUAGGCUUGAUUUCAGUGCUUCAUGCCCUAUAAACACAUUUCCCAUAUACAACUCAAUACAUUCCUUUAUCUCAGGUUAUAUUUUAUAUAUAUAGCCUUUUUCUUAUUGUUAAUUAUGCCAUAUUGGCUAACACCAUCUACUGGCACUAAUUAUGCUGGUAUUAUUUAAAUGCUACUAAUAUUAGAUUGUUUUCAUUUUGGUUAGAGUAGAUAUUUUCAUUAUUAAUCUUAUUACUUUGUACGAUUCUCAUUCAUAAAUUGUUGUGUUGUACACUGAUUUUUUGUAAAUAAUCUUAGUGAUUACCUUACCUUUAUAAUGUGUGUAUGGUGUUUGAUUGUUUAUUGUUGUCGGCAGCAGUGUUUCCUAUAUUUGUGUGCAAGUUCUGCGUUUAUCCAUUCCUUUUUUAUAUUACUUGUUAAAAUAAACAAUUGUUUACUCAUUUUUUAAAAUUCAAAUCUUUAUGUUGUUAUUCAGUGUAAAAGGUGACUGCUCAUGGUGUACGGUUAUUCUGGAACGAAUGCGUCUCUAUGUUGCCAA